AUGGACGGCUACGAGUACAAACCGCAAAGUACAAGAAACCAUGGAAGAGCACUUGGUUCUGUUGAGAGAGCUGUUGGGACUCCUGGCCAGGGUCGGUCUCAAUUUGAUCCCCAUAAGGCAAAUUUGGCCAAAGCAGAGGACACAAUGACCUCCAGUACACAAGAAGUGAAGCUUAUCCUGGAAGGACUUGUCUCCAUUGCUUCCAAGGGCCUACAGAAGAUAGAUCUCCAGGAGAUCUUCCAUGUCAUACAGGAGCUUGGAAAGGGUGGCUAUGGUUCUGUGCUCAUGGUAAAAGACAAGAAAACCGAUCAAAAAAUGGCCUUAAAGGUCAUGGACAAGAAGAAAACAUCUAAAUUAUGCUUCCUCAAGGAGUUCAGCAUGUCUUUCUUCCUCUCAUCCCAUCCCAACAUUAUUGAAACAUAUGGCAUUGCCUUCAAGACUGGAGACUCCUUUGCCUUUUCCCAGGAGCUGUCGGUGGCUGGUGAUCUCUUCUCUCUUAUUCCACCCAAUGGUGGACUUCCAGAAGACAUCGUAAAGAGAUGUGCGGUGCAGAUCUCCAGUGCCCUGGACUUCAUAGACAGGAAAGGCCUGGUGCAUCUGGAUAUCAAACCUGAAAACAUCCUGGUGUUUGAUAAGGACUGCCACUGUGUUAAAUUAACUGACUUUGGUCUUUCACGGUUAAAAGGAACAGUAACUAAAGUCAGGUCUGGCAGCAUCUCAUAUAUGGCCCCGGAGAUGAGCCAACUCAUCAACCAGGGCACUUUGCUUGUAGACGCCACACUGGACGUGUGGUCCUUUGGUAUUGUUCUCUACUGCUUGCUCACGGGUGACUUUCCAUGGCAGUCAGCAGUUUCCACAGACAAAGACUAUAAUUGUUUUGUUGAAUGGCAAAAUAAUUUUGAGAGUCUUGAGCUACCAGCACCAUGGAGAAGACUUUCACCUGGAGUAGUGAAGAUGUUCCAUGGUCUUUUAGCCAUAGACUGUAAAAAGAGGGACAAAUCAACUGAAGUCUUGAUGUUCUUGGGUGAAUACUGGAAAGAACAAAUCUCAGAGUCAACAGAAGGAACCUUGGACAUGCAGAUGCUACCAAAGUGA